GCCAUCGACCAGAGGUUGGUUAAGCCAGGAGCACAGCACUAGCAGCAAGAGGGCAAGAAGCAAUGCAACGUAACGCAUCAGCGAGCCGUUCCAUGUCACCUACCUACCCACCCAGGCACUCUCACCCCUCUCUCUCUCUCUCUCGUCAACUGCCUGCACACGGGCGGGCAUCGAUCCAUCCAUCAGUUGGCCUCCCCAUCUACGGGCAGCACGCCCCCAAGCGCACCGGGCUGCCUGCCCUUGACCAGCACCGACACCGUCGGCAGCUCUAUCCUACCGCCCCUGGUGCUGCUUGACGACGUCGAUGUCGAUGUUGGUCUUGCAGCAGUGUUGCUGCUGCACUUGCCGCCGGUGCCCCGGAGUGCGGCGGGGAGGACGAGCCCCUCCUGGCUGUCGAGGCGCUGGUGCUGCCGCUGCCUCGUCCAGAAGAGGUAGCAGUUCUGCAACACCUGCACACGGGGGAGGGGGGCACGUCAGGACAAACACACACGCACGUGUGGGCGAGAGAUAAGGGGCGGCGAGGGUGCGUGGGUGGGUGAGAGGAUACCCCUUUGUUGAAUGGGUUGACGUAGGCCUGCCGCCAGACCUUGCCCUGCUUGGUCUCAACCAGCACUGUCCGCCAGAAAUGGGGGUAGCUGCACCACACACACUCAUACAGACAGACAGACAGUGAGGGCACUCACUGGAUGGAUGGAUGGAUGCUGACUGGCUGACCGUGGGACAUUGAUCUGCUCGUUGGUGGUUCGGUUGCGUGCGAUCCCUUCCAGCUGGUGGCAGAUGAGCAGGAAGCACCACACUAUCACCACCAGGUGCACCAGCAUCAACUGAACAAGAGGCAGACAGACAGACAGAUCACAUACGCUCUCUGUGUCUGUCUGUCUGUGUGUUUGUCUGUGUGAGCGCACCCACCACUAGAAGUGCAGGGUGGUUGAGUGCGGUGAGCGCGAAGCUCCACAAGCUCCACUCGGUCUCCUGGAUGCGCAGCAGGUGGCUCACAGCCCCACCACACAACGAUAUGUGCCACACCUGCAGACAGAUAACACACAACAACACAACACACAACACGGCAGGGGGGGGAAGAGCAAAUGAGCAUGUCUGUGUCCGCGCAUUGGUCUGUGUGUGGGGGUACGUUCAUGAUCCACUGGAAGAGGGCGAGUGCGACGAACUCUCUGUGGUUGCCGGCCCCCACAGAGUUGUGCACCCACACACAGUAGUGGUCGAAUACCUCGAUGCACGAAUCCAACACCCUGCAAUAGUCACACACACACACACACAGAUCCACCACACACACAGAUCCACACCGAGGGGUGGGUACAUUCUCUGGCUGCGUCUGUUGGUGUGGUCUUGGUGCCUGCGUGCCUGCAGUGUUUGGUUCGCGGGCCUUUCAUUAUCCAGCACGUGUGGCAUAUCCGCGACAGGUCGAAGUCCGACACGCUCGUCGUGUCGGCGUCAAACGGCUCCUCCAACCUACGCAUCACAUCCUGCAUCCACACAAACACACACACAAACAUACGCACAGGACAACUUCGGGGGUGUGGGUGUGAUAAACAUGUUGACCUCUACGGCCGAUUGUCCCUUGGGUCGUCUGGGGAUGAUGCCCGGGUCGCUGAUGACGACGUGGCACCAGAGGGCCACCAGGAAGGGCAGCAGCACCUCCCACAUCGUCGACGCCAUCGGGUACAACAACAUGACCGUCGGACGCACCUGAUCCAUCCAUCCAUCCACCCAAGACAAGAUGACAAGUCUUCCCGCCUGUCUGUCUGUCUGACCUCGGCUUGCCACACGAAGAGGGCGUAGCAGAUGGCGACCAGGUAGAUGCACGGCGGCAUCUUCUCGCUAAUGCUCUCCUCCCAGUCGAAGCAUAUCUUGGUCAGCCGAUUCUCCCACGGCCUGUCUGUGUGUGUCUUCCCUCUCUCCUCUCCCGCAGUCCCCCUGCUAAGGCCCUUCUCGAUGUCCCCCUGCACCUCCAGCAGGGCCUCCCCCUUGCUGACCGUGCGGGCGCUCCUGCUGCGAUGGCCGCUCUUCUUCUCACGCGCCUCUGCGACGCGCUUGAGUUCGCGCGCCAACACCGAGUUGCCCGAUCCCUCUGCCAAAUCUACUACCGACUGCCAAACGGACCACACACACACAGAGAGAGAGAGAGAGAACACCCUGGUCCAUGGACUCUCUCUCUCUCUCUCUCUGUGUUGUGGAUGGAAUUGUGUGUUAAGUGUUGCGUACCAAGCCGCUGCUGCUGCUGGCUUUCUGCAGGUCGUAUGCCUUGUCUUUUUCGGCGAGGUACAUGGUGGCGUCGUACAUGCCGGCCGACGCGGCCCGCUGGAGGGGCGUCAUGCCCUGGCUGUCCACCGAACCGAAAUCCGCUCCGAAAUACUCCAACAGAUGGAUGAACUCAGUCGAACCCUGGCACACAGACACACCCCACACACACACACACACAGAGGGGUUUCAGAGAGCCGAUAGCCGAUGUCUGUCUGCAUGGAUCCUCAGACUCUUGUACAAGCAUCUCGCUGACUCAUGCACCUCGGUCGCUGACCUUGAAGGCGGCCCAGUGCGCCGCCCCGCAGCCGUUGAGGUCCUUGGUGUUGAGGCUGGCGUCCUUGCGGAUGAGGAAGAGGAAGGCGUGUGCGCGGCCGUGCUGGAUGGUCAGAGUGAGUGGCGAGGCGCCCAGGCUGUCCUGGCAGUCGAUGUCGGCGCCCUUGCUGAGGAGGUACCUCAUGAGUGCCACCCACCCCUUGAUGGCCGCCCACAUCAGGGGCGUCUGCCCGUUGGCCGACUUGGGGUCCACAGCAGCGCCCAUGUCCACCAGCAGCUGGCAGAAGGCACUGCUGUUGCACAGAGCCGCCCAGUGGAGGAGCGUGUGGCCCUGCUUGUCCUUCUGGCUGAUCAGGGAUGGCCGAUCUCUCACCAGACGCGUCAGCUCGCUGAAGUUGCCCGUCCUUGCCAGCAUCCACACGUCCACGGGCGGUGGCUGUUGUGGCUGCGGUGGAUAGGGUGAUGUGUCUGUGUCAUCGGCGCAUCCGUUGAGGACAUCGU